AUGGGAGCAGAUAUGGAUGAAACCAAGCCCAACGUGGUAAAACUUAUCGUAAUUCACACCCCACAACAACAUUCAAGGCAAACAAGGAGGCGAGGAUCGAGGGACGAGGGGAAGCCAUCUCUACCAUCCCCUUCAAAAGCCAAAAGCCAAAAUCUACCUGGCUAUCACAAUUCACAAGAUAUGCAACGCAAGAAAAAAGCAGUGGCACUUGCACGGUAG